AAAACCUUGAAAGUGGAGGCAUUCAAUACACACCGAGGGCUCUUUGCUUAGACUUGAAUUCCAGAAAACAACAUGGCUAUGUUGGUAUCAAAGAGAUUGCUCUUGGCGCUCCUAGUCUGCUGUGGCACCAAUGCGUUGUCUUCAGCGUUUGCCUUCAGCAGCCUCAAGACGUUGGCAGCAUUGGAGCGUCCGGAUCGCGUUGUGCCAUCUAUCUCAGGUCGCACCCUAUUCAUGGCGGGGAAUAGAGAUGCAGGUACACCUGAACAGUUGGAUAUCCGACCGUGGCAGGUGGUGGCCUUUUGUGCGGGAACCGCUGCAAUGAUCCCCAUCAAGUCCCAGAGAGCGGUCUCGGCCAUAUGCUACCCCCGUUGGUUUUCCUAUCUGCUUGUAAUCUUGUUUCAUGCAUUGAAAUGGCAGAAACUCUGCAAAUUGGCCUCCAAGGCAUUUCAUGUUUCCAUGUUCGCAAUGCUCACCAUACCCACAAGUUGGCUCCUCACUCUGCCUUACAGAGCCAUAGUGCUCAGAGACCCGGCUGCCAUUGAACAUGGCGUCGUCGUUUUGGUUGCAGCAUUGCUUUGCUUCAUCGUCAUGAGAACCAAGAACAUGCCGGAAUGGUUCGAUCCAUUGAUUGAGAUCGUGACAGCCUUGGCCUCGUUGUUUUCGUAGCUACUUCAAAAGUGAUUUGGAGGAAGUUGACGCGUUCGGCUGCAGACAACGUUCAUCAAAAGUGGUUUGCAGCUUACCUCGCUAGCUAUUGGGAACCCAAGCCCACUGCAGAUUCGUGGUUUGUUUGAUGGAGCAGGCCUCAGGAUGCAGCUAGUCUAAAUGUAAUGAACGAUUCAAUCUACCGGUACUAGCGAGACUACCGGUGCC